AUGGAGGCGGUGGUGGCGAUGGUGGCGGUGGAGGCGGUGGUGGCGAUGGAGGCGGUGGUGGCGGUGGUGGCGGUGGAGGCGGUGGUGGCGGUGGAGGCGGUGGAGGCGGUGGUGGCGGUGGAGGCGGUGGUGGCGGUGGAGGCGGUGGUGGCGGUGGUGGCGGUGGUGGCGGUGGAGGCGGUGGUGGCGGUGAUGGCGGUGGAGGCGGUGGAGGCGGUGGAGGCGGUGGUGGCGGUGGUGGCGGUGAUGGCGGUGGAGGAGGUGGAGGCGGUGGAGGCGGUGGAGGCGGUGGAGGCGGUGGUGGCGGUGAUGGCGGUGGAGGCGGUGGUGGAGGCGGUGGAGGCGGUGGAGGCGGUGGUGGCGGUGGUGGCGGUGGAGGCGGUGGUGGCGGUGAUGGCGGUGGAGGCGGUGGAGGCGGUGGAGGCGGUGGUGGCGGUGGUGGCGGUGGUGGCGGUGGUGGCGGUGAUGGCGGUGGAGGAGGUGGAGGCGGUGGAGGCGGUGGUGGCGGUGGAGGCGGUGAUGGCGGUGGAGGCGGUGGUGGCGGUGAUGGCGGUGGAGGCGGUGGAGGCGGUGGAGGCGGUGGGGGUGGCGGUGAUGGCGGUGGAGGCGGUGGAGGCGGUGGAGGCGGUGGAGGCGGUGGAGGCGGUGGAGGCGGUGGAGGCGGUGGAGGCGGUGGUGGCGGUGGUGGCGGUGGAGGCGGUGGUGGCGGUGAUGGCGGUGGAGGCGGUGGAGGCGGUGGUGGCGGUGGUGGCGGUGGUGGCGGUGGUGGCGGUGAUGGCGGUGGAGGAGGUGGAGGCGGUGGAGGCGGUGGUGGCGGUGGAGGCGGUGAUGGCGGUGGAGGCGGUGGUGGCGGUGAUGGCGGUGGAGGCGGUGGAGGCGGUGGAGGCGGUGGUGGCGGUGAUGGCGGUGGAGGCGGUGGAGGCGGUGGAGGCGGUGGAGGCGGUGGUGGCGGUGAUGGCGGUGGAGGCGGUGGAGGCGGUGGUGGCGGUGGAGGCGGUGGAGGCGGUGGUGGCGGUGGUGGCGGUGGUGGCGGUGGAGGCGGUGGAGGCGGUGGUGGCGGUGGUGGCGGUGGUGGCGGUGGUGGCGGUGAUGGCGGUGGAGGCGGUGGUGGCGGUGAUGGCGGUGGAGGCGGUGGAGGCGCUGGUGGCGGUGAUGGCGGUGGAGGCGGUGGUGGCGGUGGAGGCGGUGGUGGCGGUGGUGGCGGUGGAGGCGGUGGUGGCGGUGGAGGCGGUGGUGGCGGUGGUGGCGGUGGAGGCGGUGGUGGCGGUGGUGGCGGUGGAGGCGGUGGAGGCAGAGAUUGGCAGCCGCUCCCCGUGA